AUGGACGCACGACAUGGGCUCCUCUCGCUCAACGACGAUGUUCUGCUCUACGCCUUCUCCUUCCUCUACGGCACGGAAGCAUGCGGCAUCGUGCUUACCUCAAAACGUCUACACGCCCUCGCUAAUCGUCGUCUUGCCGCGAGUGCAGAAUGCUCUCACCCCUUCGCAUUCUUGCCUCUUUGCAAGCAUCUAUUACAAGGUCCCCAGCCACGCGCCCGGUACCUCGAGAUAUUAGACCUGCGGAUCGAUGGCAUCGACACGGUCUACGACGCAGAAGAGGUGCCGUACGGACGUCUGCUGACCGAUCUGCUAGCAGCUGCACAGAACAUCCGCGAGCUCAUCCUAUCUUGCCGACCAGAAUCGCUUGACCCAUGCUCUCGUAUAGGUCGUACUCUGGUCACAAUGCGGCACCUCGUCGACCUGCGUAUCCGCAACGUCGACGACGAUGCCCUCGCCCUCCUGCCGAUGCUGAGCGGGUCCCUGAGACGUCUCGCUCUGUGGUAUAGCUCGACAGCUCCGCAGUCGACCUCAUCACAGAACGCCCUCCUCGGUGCGCUUACAAAACACCCGCGGCUCGAAAGCCUCGAACUGCGAUACUUCAGCCCACAACGACCGUUCGUCGGUGUCUCCUCCGCUGAUCACCCCCAAUUCACUUCCCUCCGCUGUCUUUCCAUAAAAGAGGGCAGUGUUGCAGCGACUUCGCUCAUCGACCUCUUCCCACACCUAGCCCUUAUCGCUGUACACGUAUCCCAUCAUCCGAAUGCGCCGCUCCCGAUGGGCAUGGUCGCUGCAUGGCGCUGGCCGCCGCUGAAGGUGCUAUACAUGGACGAAUCGUUCGCUCUCCUCGCGCAACACCGCGUCAGCCAGGUGGAGAAGAUCGUCAUCAUGAAUGAGAUGCGGCCCUCCGACGUGCUCCUGCUGCGGGACCCGCUCGACGCCAUGCUUCGCGCCGCAUCUCCUGUGCAGGUGUCCCGGUUCGUUUCGGUGGAACCAGGCGCUAUGCAUGCGUUGGCGCGGAACCUCGCGGCCUUGCCCAGGUUGCACACCUUGGAGCUCUGCCUGCAGCGUAAAGACUGGGAGCAGAGAUACAUCCCCGACCCGGAGGAGCAGUGGCUGAUUGACAGUGUGGCAUCCCUAGGGCACCUCAAAUUGAAGAGUCUCCGCUUAAUCGUCUAUGUGGACCUGGCACUCUUCGACUCGCCGAUACCUAUCGAACUAUCAGGCCGAGAGCAGCCUAUAGCGGCGGCGGCGGCGGUCCCGCUUCACGUCAAGUUGACCAGGGCAAUACCUACACUACAUCUCUUCGGCGUUGUCUCCGAAUAUUGGACCACGAACACGAAGCCGCUCGGGAAGUGCGACUCUGCCGACAGGACUGAAGCUGCAAACCCGUGGUACGUGGCCCCAUGGCUCAGGCCGAUGACCCGCUGUGGGUACUAUCGGCGCUGGUGGUGCCGCAGCGCUGGAGAUGGAGCAGAUCUGGCCGAGCUCUCCGAAGACGAGGCGAAGAAAAUGCACGUCGAGCGUGCUUUCGCCUAG